AACAUAUGGCUUACACUAGAAAUAAGUUAAUGGAGGAAAUGAAGAAUGGAAUGCUACAAUCUGCAACUCAGACUUUUGUCACUUCUUCCUACAACAGUGGAUUGCCUUUUUCCUCAUGAGUCUGAGUUUUCCUAGAUUCUUAUAUUGCUGCUAAUAGUUGUCAUUCAUAGUUGAUCAUCAUAUUUUAUUCCCAUUAUUGCAUACAAUGCUCUUCUGGUUUUAUUCAUUUCACUUUGCAUUAAUUCAAAUAAGUCCAGUUUUUUUUUUUUUUUGUGAUCAUCUUGCUCAUCAUUUCUUAUGGUACAAUAGUACUCCAUCACAAUCAUACCCUACCAACUUGUUUAGCCAUUUCCCAAUUGAUGAACAUUCCUUCUGUUUUCAGUUCUUUGUCAACACAAAAAAGCCACUAUAAAUAUUUUUGUUUGAGUAGACACUUUCCCUCUAUCUUUGAUCUCUUUGGGAUACAGACCUGUAGGGGUAUUUCUGGGUAAAAGAGUAUGCACAAUUUGUUGGCUUUUUGGGUAUUGUUCCAAAUGCUCUCCAGAAUGAUUGUAUCAGUUCAUUGUUCCACCAAUAUCUUAAUUUUCUAAUUACUCCACAUUCACGCCAACAUUUAUCAUUUUCCUUUUUUUUUGUCACAUUAAUAAAUCUGAUAGUAGAUUCUGUUCCAGUCCUUUACCUUUACUCUGUGUGUGUCUAUAUUAAAUGUACUUCUUAUAGACAAUAUAUUGUGGGAUUCUAACUUUUAAAUUCACUCUUCUGUUUUGUAGAUGAGUUCAUUAUAUUUAGAUUCAUAGUUGUGAUUAUGUUUUCCUCCAUCUUAUUUCCCCACUAUUUAUCCUUCUCUUCCUCUUUUUAGUCUCUCUUCACAAAUAUUUUCCUUUCUGACUGCCACCUCCCUGAGCUCACCCUCCCUUUUUUCAUCCCUCCCUUUUCUUAUUUACCCCUCUUCUUCCUACUUCCAUAUACACUUAAAUAGGCUUCUAUAGCUAAUUGCACGUGGUUGCUAUUCUUAUUUUGGGUCAAUUAUUAUGAUGGAAAUGUUCAAGCUUUAUCUGCCACCACCCUCCAUGUUCCUUUCUCUGCUACUAUAUUGAUUCUUACAUGCCUUAAUUUUCUCUCUUUUACUCUUUUCCCAUGGUAUUCCUCUUUUUUAUAUCUAUCUUGUUUUUCUUUUUUCUUUUUGGAUAUCAUGCCAUUAUAUUCAAUGUACUCACUGCUCUCUGUCUAUGAAUGCUCCUAUUCAGGGCCCUAAUAGUGAUAAAAUUCUUGUGUCUUUCAUACCUUAACCAUCCUCAGUAAUUUAGGUACCUUAAGUACUUUUCUAGGAUCAUAGAUCUUAUAUAUUUUAGUAAUUACCUUAUGUAAUAAUGCAAUCAGUUCAACUUCAUUGUUUCCCUUGAUUACCUUACCUUAAGUAUCUUAUAUAUCUCUUAUAUGUAGAAAUCUCAAGGAAUAUGAUCAGUUUAACUGGACUAAAUCCUUUUAGGUUGUCUUUUUUUUUCAUAUUUACCUUUUUGUGUUUCCCUUGAGUGUUAAAUUUGAUAAUUGAAUUUUAUUUUCAGAUCUGAUUGUUUUGUAAGGAAUUUUUUUGUAAGGAAAUGUUCUUUUCCAUUAAAUGUGUACUUCCUCCCCUGGAGUAUUAUGCUCAAUUUCAUUGGGUAGGUGAUUCUUUCUUGCAAUCCUAGAUUCUUCCUCCCUCUCUAGUCUUGGAUUAUUACCUGGAAACAUUAGGAGACUUGCUCAGAAUUACUUAGACAGUGGGUGCAAAUCUUAGAUUUUCUGGCUACUAGACUUGCCAAGGCUGCCACUAUUGUGACACUAAUUCUAUAGGAAUUACCUAGUUCCCUGAAAGGUGAAUUAAGCAGCCAGUGUACUUGGCCCCUGAUCAUCUUUAUUGUAACACUUAAUAACCUUCUGGGGCUACUUCUUUGUAGGUAUGAAAUACAUUAAUUCUCUUCUCUCCCAAAAGGCAUAGAAAAUAAGAAAAGAGUUGAGCCUGGAGGCAAGGAAAUAUAGUUCUGAGGCUAUUUCAGGCCUCAUACCAGCUACUCAAUUAAAAUAAAAGUUAUGGGUACUUGUCAGUCUGACUGAUGGGGGUUUGAUAUAAGAGACUAAUGAAACCAGAGAGAGGUAAAGUAGCAAAGCAUUAUUGGAGGAAAGGAAGGGGCAAGAGUGUGAUCCUGGUGCCAGUAGAGAUGACUAUAGAGUCCCUAGGGAGGGAGAGGGAAGGAAAGGAAAGAGUGAGGGCAGGAAAGACUGACAUCAGUAAAUAUGACUGCUAAAUCUCCACCUGAGAGGGGAAAAGUGUAAUAAUGUUAUUGGGUUGGAGGAAUAAGGUGUUGUCAGGAAUGAGGUAACUUGUGUUGCCUCUAUUGUUUGUAUCUGGGCAAGGUGAGCUACUUGGAUUAAGUUCAUGGGGUGAGGGGCAGGUUCCCUGACUGAUACUCAGCCAUGCAGGAGUACUUGGAACUUCGAUUUAAUAGAGAACUUCGCUUGAUUGGAUCAGUUCUCUUUAUUGUUCAAAUGGUAUUAUACACUGGAAUUGUUAUUUGUGCUCCUGCUCUUGCUUUGCAUGAUGUCACAGGACUUGGACUUCGUACUGCAGUAUUUGCAACUGGGGUUGUCUGUACUUUCUACUGCACAGUGGGAGGUCUCAAAGCUGUUAUAUUGACAGAUGUUUUUCAAACUUUAGUUAUGAUAUCAGGAUUUCUGGCAGUUAUUAUUAAAACCUCCAUUAUUCAAGGUGGAUUUUCAACAAUCAUAAGACACUCUAUUGAUGGAGGAAGACUGAACUUUUGGGAAUUUGAUCCUAAUCCCCAUUUAGACCAUACUUUCUGGACAAUGGUAGUAGGUGGGACCUUUACCUGGACCAGCAUCUUUGGUAUCAACCAUUGCCAAGUUCAGAGAUAUGUAUGCUGCAAAACCAGGUCCCAUGCAAAAUUAGCCCUUUAUCUAAAUCUUUUGGGACUCUACGUUGUUAAUAUUUGUGCAGUGAUGUGUGGAUUGGCAUUGUAUUCUAUGUAUCGUGGCUGUGAUCCUUAUGAAGGACAUAAAAUUUCAUCAAGACAUGAGCUCAUGCCAUACCUAGCACUGAAUAUUCUAAGAGCCCAUAGAGGACUUUCAGGACUUUUUGUGUCAGCUGCUUAUAGUGGAACAUUGAGCACUGUAUCCUCCAGCAUCAAUGCCUUAGCUGUUGUAACUAUAGAAGAUCUCAUCAAGCCACAUUUAAAUCAACCUUCACUAAGGUCUCUUUCUUUAAUUUCUAAAGCAACAUGUUUCUUCUAUGGAAUGGUUUGUGUUGCAAUGGCUGGUUUCGCAUCAAUAAUGGGAAGUCUGCUAGAGGCAACUGUCAAAAUUUUUGGCAUGAUUGGAGGACCACUCUUGGGCUUGUUUACUCUUGGAAUCUUAAACCAUUCUGCCAAUGCAUUAGGUUCGUUCAUUGGUCUUGUUGCUGGAUUCACUUUUUCAGUCUGGGUUGGAAUUGGAUCUUAUGUGGAUCAUCCACCUCCUGAUGAAAGUUUAUUAUUACCUAUUUCAAUUGUAAACUGUUCCUAUGGUAAAAGCAUGUAUCUGAAUUGGACUAGAGUUUUAGAACAACCAGUCUUAAUACCAUGGAAAUCAACUCAGUUUAACAGUUAUAAUUAUCUAAACAUUUAUUGGUUUUCUUACCUGUAUCUAAGCCCCAUGGGGACAGUUAUAACUCUAAUCGUGGGAUCAAUUGCCAGCAUUGCAACAGGUGGAAAAAACCAGAUUAUUGACAAAAAUUGCUUACUAAAGAAAGAGGACACAAUACUUCUUUAUUUCAAAAAAGAAAAUGAAGUAGAAGUUUCAGAAUCACACAAUUAGCAUGAACACAUUGGAAGAAGCAGAGAAACCACCUUAAGAAACUUUAAAUAAAUACAUAAAAAGAAUAAUAUGUCUUUUAAGUGGGACAGCUCAGAAUGGGUUUUCUCCAUGAUGAAUUAUUUUUAAAUUUCCUAUAAUAACUGUAUCAAAUUCAAUCUUGCUAUAUUUUUCAUGCUAUAUUUUUAUUUAAACAUGAGGGAAACCUUUCUUGCUUAUCAUGAUACAGGAAAAACAAAGCAUGACUUCAAUAAUGAAAUAAAACAGAGCAAAUAA